GCACCAACGAAUACAAAUUUCAACUAGAAAACAUGGAUUUCCGAAAAAUCUUAGAUCGAAACACCAAAGACUGGCCGGAUUUCCCGAUGAACCAUUCUAUGGAGUACUUAAUAUUUAAACCUAUAAGAAGAGGUGAACUGACCAGAUCUGAGCAAUCAUCGACAUCGCCGGGAAGAAGGAGGAGGAAAACAGCAAUCAGUAAUCAACAAUGUACGGCGGCGCGGCAGUGAAAACAGAACCCGGCUACGUAAGAAUAAAGGUCCAGAUGGAGUACCAGCGCGAUCACUACUUCACGAUCAGGAAGGACGAAGCGAUCCAGACGGCCCUCGUCCGUUACUGCAAGCUCGAAGAAUUGGAUUUCUCGACGAUUCGAUUCUUCGUCGACGGCAAGCGGGUUCAGGCCGGCAAUACGCCGGAGGGAUUGGAAAUGGAGGACGAAGAUACCAUCGACGCCUUUUUGCAUAUGGUUGGCGGGUCCGCUUCUCAAAUCUCUUAUCUCUCUCUUCCACAUUGUAUUGUUUAUCAUUAUCAUUAAUUUGGAGGAUGCCAAUUUGUUCUCGGAGAAGGUUUAAUAACAGAAAUUUGUAUUGGUGCAUUGUUGAGAAUAAGAUUAUAGUUCAUCU